AUGUCAGAAUCAGCGACAUCGACACGAUAUAAACGAAGUGCUCCCGAUUCGAGCCCAGCCACUCGUGUCAAGGGGUCCUUGGUCCAAAUUCUACUCGACCUCAUAGCCGCCAUCGAAGACGGUGAGCCAGUCGAGCAUGUUAAAGAAGCUCUGGAGACAAUCAAAACGGCCAUAGUCGAAUCGGAACAGCUCUCGCCAUUCAAAAAAGUGAAAUCUGGACUAAAGGUCACCCAGGCUUCGCGUCUAGCGGAUGUCCGAAAAAGAAUGCAGAACGCUAAGUUCCGGAGACGAGAUUCUUCAGGGACCUUAUCUCGAACCCUAAUUGACCUCGUUCUCUUUGACCGGCUAGAAGCGCAGCAACAGGAGCUAGCCGCUAGGAAAAUAUCUCUGCGAGGAGAGUACCCGGUAGAGACUCGAGUUCCUGGCGAAAGAGAAAUCAUCACUGGCAACGCGCAUUAUGCCUUGGGCUACGACACACUUGGUGGUUCAGAAUUUGAACCCAUCUGUGUCAUCAUGGAGGGGAAGAAUAAUUUCGCUUCGUCCGGUGGAUCUGAUGGGAUCUCCCAAGCAGUUGCGUAUAUGGUUGGAUUCCAGCAAAAGCGCAUGUCUCUCAAGGGUCCGAAGAGGAUCGUCGACACUACUUAUGGCGUCGUGUCGGAUGGAAUACUUUGGUAG